AUGCCCAAGUUUGAUAUGUCAGUUGACCUGGCACUCAUCAUCAGCAUCAUGACCGUCUUCUCCCUCAUCAUCAUUAACAAGGCCGGUGGUCUAAUCUACCAACGCGAGUUUCAAGCCGGCCUACACAAGCUCUCCACGAACGACUACCUAGUCCUCGCCGGUACCUUUCAUGGUGUCCACGCAAUCACCCGCUCCAUUACCCCUAAGAUUCCGCUUCAAACCACCGCUUCCCCCGUUCCCUCCUCCCCGGGCACAAAUGCCCCCUCCACGUCUGGAUACAGCUACCCGGUCCCCGGUAUCCCUGUCUCGGGUCUCGAACAGCUUGAGACGGACAAAUUUCGAUUGACUUGUUUCCAGACCCUGACGGGAACUAAGUUCUUACUUUUUACGGAUCCGGUUUCGGGGAGUGUGGAAUCAAUUAUCAAUAAGAUUUAUGAGCUGUAUGCGGAUUAUGUUAUGAAGAAUCCGUUCUAUCAGCUUGAGAUGCCGGUGCGAUGCGAGGCUUUCGAUCGGCAUCUUGGGGCUUGGUUGAGGGGGAGGACAUAG